AACUAUCGUGCCGUGGAAACUGUUCAGGCAGUGCCUUCAUGAAGUUCAUCAAAUAAGCUCCGGUUUGGAAGCAAUGGCCCUUAAGUCUACUAUAGACUUGACCUGCAAUGACUACAUUUCAAUUUUUGAGUUUGAUAUUUUCACUAGACUAUUUCAGCCUUGGGGUUCAAUCUUACGGAACUGGAACUUUCUGGCUGUGACACAUCCUGGAUAUAUUGCAUUCCUGACAUACGAGGAAGUCAAAGCGAGGUUACAGAAAUACAGCACCAAGCCUGGGAGCUACAUCUUCCGGCUGAGCUGCACGCGUCUCGGGCAGUGGGCCAUCGGCUACGUGACGGGCGACGGGAACAUCCUGCAGACCAUCCCUCACAACAAGCCUCUCUUCCAAGCUUUGAUUGAUGGCAGCCGGGAAGGAUUCUAUUUGUUCCCAGAUGGACGAAGUUAUAACCCUGAUUUGACAGGGUUGUGUGAACCCACGCCACACGAUCACAUAAAAGUGACACAGGAGCAGUAUGAAUUGUACUGUGAAAUGGGUUCUACUUUCCAGCUGUGUAAAAUCUGUGCAGAAAAUGAUAAAGAUGUGAAGAUUGAGCCUUGUGGGCACCUCAUGUGCACUUCUUGUCUUACAGCAUGGCAGGAAUCUGAUGGCCAAGGCUGUCCUUUCUGCCGCUGUGAAAUCAAAGGAACGGAACCAAUUAUUGUGGAUCCGUUUGAUCCAAGGGAUGAAAACUCCAGGUGCUGCAGUAUUAUUGAUAGCUUUAGUAUGCCCAUGUUGGACUUGGAUGAGGAUGAUGACAGAGAAGAAUCUUUAAUGAUGAAUCGCUUGGCUUCUGUCCGAAAGUGCAAUGAGAGACAGAAUUCACCAGUGACAUCUCCUGGAUCUUCCCCACUUGCACAAAGAAGAAAACCACUUCCAGACCCCCUGCAAAUCCCACAUCUUGGUCUUCCACCUGUACCUCCUCGUCUGGAUCUUAUUCAGAAGGGAGUAGCACGAUCACCAUGUGCCAGUCCGACUGGAUCACCAAAGUCUUCUCCUUGUAUGGUGAGGAAACAGGACAAACCGUUGCCAGCGCCUCCGCCUCCCUUGAGAGACCCUCCGCCGCCGCCUCCGGAAAGGCCGCCCCCGAUCCCGCCGGACACGAGGCUCAGCAGGCACCUGCACCAUGCAGAGAGCGUGCCUUCCCGGGACCAGCCCGUGCCCCUCGAGGCCUGGUGCCCCAGGGAGGUGUUUGGCACCGCUCAGCUGGUAGGAUGUCGAAUAGGGAGCGAUGCCUCCCCCAAAGCAGGACUGACAGCGGUUUCAAACCUAAAUGGAAGGCACAGCCGCAUAAGUUCUGAGUCAGGAUUUAUGAGAAAACACAGGCGUCACGAACUGCCUGCAGAAAGUGCCAAGGUAUUUUCAAAUGGUCAUCUGGUAAAUGAAGAAUAUGAUGUCCCUCCACGGCUUUCCCCGCCUCUUCCAGCUGCCUCCGUCAUCCCUAGUAUAAAGUGCCCUGUUCCUCUAGCAAAUACCCUCUCUGAUAAAUCAAGAGACCACACAGAUGAUGAUGAUGAAUACAAAGUUCCUUCUUCCCAUCCUGUAACACUGAGCUCACAACCACCUCAUUGUCAUAAUAUAAAACCUCUUGCUCGGGCGUGUGAGAACGGUCAAUGCGCUGGAAUAACGAAUGGAACACACGGGGCUGCUGCUGAGAUGAAGAAAUCAAAACAUCCAGAGCUAGGAGAUGCCUAUGACGCACCUACUGCUCCGGUACCUUUGCCACCUGCACGACCUCCUACCAGAGACAACCCAAAACACAGCUCUUUGCUCAACAGGACACCCUCCGAUUAUGAUCUUCUGGUGCCCCCUUUAGGUGAAGAUGCCUUUGAUAGCUCCCCGCCUUCGCUGCCUCCACCACCACCACCUGCUCGACACAGCAUCAUUGAGCACCCCAAACCUGCCGGCUCCGGAAGCCGACCUCCUUCAGGACAUGAACUGCUCCUUCAUCCCCCUGAUCCGCAUUUUGAUCCAAUAACUGGUCCUGUCCCUUUGCCACCUGCUCGUAGAGUAACUGGAGAAAACAUCAAAACAAAUAGGACAUCUCAAGACUAUGAUCACCUUCCUUCCUCUUCAGAUGGUUCACAAGCACCAGCCAGGCCCCCUAAACCACUUCCUCGGAGGACUGCACCAGAAAUACACCACAGGAAAGCAUACAGCUCUGACAAUUCCGCAGAAAACGUGGAUGCAAAAAUUGCAAAACUUAUGGGAGAGGGCUAUUCCUUUGAAGAAGUCAAGAGGGCACUUGAAAUAGCCCAGAAUAACGUUGACGUGGCCCGUAGUAUUUUAAGAGAGUUUGUCUGCUUUCCUCCACCGGUCUCCCCACGCCUCAACCUAUAGCAGCAUGAAGAUUUUCUUGAAGCAUGUGAAUUCUCCAUAUACGUGUGCGGAUUGGGGAGUGAGAGAAAGAAGAGACAGGGGAAGUUUUUCUCUCAUCAUUAAUGGGAGGGUGUCUGUUUCCAGCAGUUUAUCAAAGGAUCAUGGCUGCUCUGAUCAAGACUUUAUAUAUAUGCUGAGGCUUAUGUAUUUUUGCUAGCCAUACUUUUUUAAAUCAGGGUUGAACUGACAAAAUAAUUUAAAGAAGUUUACUUCCCUAGAACUUUUAAUCUGUGAAAUGCUUUUUCUUGUUUACAAGUUGGCAAGUUACAGUUUUCUAGAUGAUGCCUGUAUUGUGUUUCUGUUCAUAUUCCCUUGUACUUGUGGUCAGUUCUGCUGUAGCAUUCACAACAAUUUCCAUGCUGACCACCUCAUCAACUAAAUCAUCACUUUCUAGAAGCUCUGUAUUUGUUUCGUUCUCUUACAAGAUGCUUUAAUUGUUUUUGCAUUUUGGCUCAUCAAACAAAUGCAAAAAGUAUGUGGCCUUCACUACUGAUA